ACUCUGUGGUUCGACUAUAAAAACUACACCUCAGAAUUUUGAAAAUAUCAGUCUUCUGUCUCGUUCGCAUAGCAUUGAGUCUCCAGUUCUGCUAUGGCGCGACAAUCGAUACUCUUCCUGUGGCUGGCCUUGGUUGCCAUUGAGACCUCUAGUGCUAUUGUUAACGAGUUAGCCCAGCAGGCUGAAAAUGCAGUUCAGGGCCUGGCAGACAUUCACUUGGCACCUUUGCGCUAUCUAGACGUACUUUUCGGCACCAACCAUGGGGUAGUUCCAUCUCACUAUACAGCGGCCAAAGCUGCUGCCUAUCGUCCGUACAGUAGGAUCUCUGCUGGCGUAGGUCAAGGAAGUGAUUUGAUUACCAUUAUCAAGAACCCACGCUCCCCUUAUAGUUACGGAAUUCCAGGUUAUGAUUAUCCCACAUAUCUCAAGCCUUUUUAUCGGAAAGGCAUCCGUAUUGGAGCUGGUGGAGUUCUUAUUGGCCCUAAUGGACUACCUCUGGCACCGAACGGCCUACCUAUUGGACCGGAUGGGCUACCUAUUUCACCUUUCGGUCCAGACGGUCUCCCCUUCGGACCUUUGGGUCCAAACGGUUAUCCGUAUCUACCCUUCGUUCCAAGCAUUGGUCAUCGGCAUACCAUUAAGGGUCCUAGCGGUCCUUUGGGUGGAGGUGUUGGGACCAAUCGCGACGGGAACCAUGUUCCAGGGACACCCACUAAUGGUGGUUGGUUUGGCAACGGGGGUUUCCUUGGCACAGGACUCUUUGGCAGUAAGGGACUUUUAGGCACAGGAUUCUUAAGCAAUAGAGGUUUGAACCUUGGGCCCUUGGCCCCAUUCCUUAACCCAUUAGGACUCCCAAUACCAAACAUAUUCCCAAACCCAUUUGGAAACAUAUUCGGGGCUUUGGGCAACUUGUUUGGCCUCAGCCCAUCAGUAGGUCCGACUGCAAGACCAGGCGGUGUGACUGCAUCGGCAAGCGGAGGCGUAGCAGUAGCACGAGUAAGACAUCCACUAGCCCUUCCCGGCGUCCAAGGAAGCAUCACUCUCGAUGUUCAACCACCAACGGGAUUAUUGGGACUGAUACACCCCUGGCUGAAUGUGUUCGGUUAGAAAGAGGAUUCAUGCCGCACCCACCACCGUAACGAACAAUUGAUUGAAUAUUGCAAUGAAAACGGCUCCGAUGGUUUUACGCUUAGGAUUAAUAUUUUAGUAUUAAGAAAUGACAAGUGUCUGGGUUAAAUUAACAUUUGUCUUGGCCAAGCUUUGUAAUUGUAAUACCCAAUAAUAAAAUUAAGAAGCAUUCCAAA